UGUUUUUGCCAGUGUGUUGUAUGGUUUCAACAACUAAAGGGAUAUACAGUAUUUCUAUGGCAUGACAUCACCGUCGUACGACCUGUUUGAUCACAAACGGACACGAGAGGUUGCUGAUUGUUCCUAGUAACAAGCUGGAUAAACAUAUGACGGGCAUGUUUGGAUGACAUCAGAUGAAUAGGCAAUAAUCUGCUGGAUCAACAUCAGUGAGCGAAUUAUUAGCGUGAUUUCAGCCAGGAUCCAAGUGGAACAAGAACAGCUGCACAUCUUGAGCUACAGAAGAGGCAAUCAAUUAGACCUAUUGGAAGAAAGAAAGAAAAGCCGUGUUUGUCUCUACGGCGAGGAUGUCUUUAAGGUGUCCUCAACUUCAGCACUUCCUCUUAGCUGACACAGAAGAGAGUAAAAGAAGCCAAGAUGACCCCGGACCACAACCGGAACCUGAUGAGCUGGACUGGGAUGGCUUUGGCACCGCAUUGGACAACAGAAUACAAAGUGAGCACGUGUCAGAAGUGCGCUGUGUCCAGCUGGAGCGGACGCAACGCCAGUUGGAGCGACAAUUAUCUGGCCUGUCAGAGCGUCUGGAAGAAGGGGAGGUCCGUUCUACUCAGCUGACUUUCCACAGAGACAGAAUGGAGGAAGAGUGCAACAGUCUCAGACAGGACCUGGACCAAUUGGAGGGCGCCUUAGUUGCAUGUGAACACGAUAAAGCGCAAGCUAUCGAGGAUCUGCGCAGUGAGGAGGAGAAGGUGGAUCUAUUAAUCCAACAGAAAACCCAACUAGAGAAGAAGGUAGAAGAUCUGGAGUAUCAGCUUGAGCAGGAGCGCCAUCAGCGCGAGGAGCUGGAGAGACAUCUGCAUGAGGAGCUGGAGAAGAACAGUAGGAAGAUGGAGGCUGACGACGGGUGCAAUCAGGAAAAUCUGGAAGGGGUGGACAAGACAAAGAAUGGUCCAGAAGAGGUCAACAAAAGGAAGGAUUUGGAAAUGAGCAGUACUCUCUCCAAGCUUGAAGCUCAAGAGACCUUCAACAAUGGACUGCAGAAGAAGAGCAAAGAAAUGCAGGCCCGAAUUGAGGAGCUGGAAGAGGAACUGGAAGCCGAACGAGCCAUAAGAGUAAAGGUGGAGAAGCAGAGAGUAGAUUUAGGCAGGGAACUCGAAGAGCUCACGGAUCGACUGGAGGAAGCAGGUGGAGUCACCGCCUCGCAGCUGGAGAUGAACAAGAAGCGAGAGGCGGAGCUCCAGCGUUUGAGACGAGACCUGGAAGAAACAUCUGUCCAGUCAGAGAUGCUGGCUGUGACCCUGAAGAAACGCCAUGGCGAUGUCAUUGCCGAGCUAAAUGAGCAGUGCGAGUCCCUGCAGAGGACUCGGGCCAAGUUGGAGAAGGAGAAGCAAAACUUGAGAAUGGAAGUGGACGAUCUGUCCACCUCGCUCGAAGGUCUACAAAAAGCCAAGAUGACCUCAGAUAGCCAGAUGAAGAAAUUAGAAGAACAGCUCUGCGAGGCCAACAGGAGAGGCGAUGACCUACAGAGGACACUCACUGAACUCACUGUGUCCAAGAACAGACUCACAGCCGAUAAUACAGACACAAGUCGACGAUUGGCAGAGGCCGAGAACAGAUCUGGCCAACUGAGUCGUACCAAGUCUCUUCUCCAAUCUCAGCUGGAGGAAGUGAAGAAACAGCUGGAUGAAGAGGUCAAAUGUAAGCAGGCAGUCGGCGCAAGUCUGAGCUCGGUGCGGCAGGAGUACGAGGGGCUCAAGGAGCAGCUCGAGGAGGAGCAGGAGAGCAAGCAAGAGCUGCAGCGGCUCGUCUCCAAACUCAACAGUGAGGUGACACACUUGAAGACCAAACACGAGGCGGACUCCAUCCAGUAUGCCGACGAGCUGGAGGAAACCAAAAAAAAAUUGGUAUUGCGCUUGCAAGAGGCAGAAGAGGCGGUGGAAGCCACACAAGCUAAAUGCUCUUCUCUGGAGAAAACCAAGCAGAGGCUCCAGGGAGAGGUGGAGGAGCUCUGUAUGGACCUGGAGAAGGCGAGCGGAUGUGGACAGGCUCUUGAUAAGAAGCAGCGGGUUCUAGAGAAGCAACUGGGAGACUGGAAGCAAAAGUGUGAGGAGCUGGUAGCCGAGGUGGAGAGCUGUCAAAAGGAGAGCAGACAACAUGCAAGCGAGCUCUUCAAACUCAAGACACUGCACGAAGAGUCUCUGGAGCAGCUGGAAGCGCUACGGAGGGAAAACAAGGCCCACCAAGAGGAGAUAGCUGACCUCACGGACCAGCUCUCAGAUGGAGGGAAGAGUGUCCAUGAGCUCCAAAAAGCAAAGAAGAAGAUUGAGAUGGAGAAAGAAGAAUUACAGGCAUCACUGGAAGAAUCAGAGGCAGCUUUAGAGGCUGAGGAAACCAAGUUACUGAGGAUGCAGCUGGAGUUAUCUCAGGCCAAGUCAGACCUGGAGCGCAGACUUCAAGAGAAAGAGGAAGAGAUCGAUGCUGCUCGAAAAAGCCACCAGAGAGCCUUGGAAUCCCUACAGGCCACUUUGGAUGUGGAGAUUAAAGGUCGGAUGGAGGUCACAAAGCUCAAAAAGAAACUAGAGGCUGAUGUCACUGAAAUGGAGCUUCAAGUGGAUCUUCUAACCAAGAGCAACACUGAGUACAGCAAGAGCAGCAAAAAGACACAGCAACAGAUCAAGGAGCUCCAGGCUCAGCUGGAGGAGGAGGUGAGGGCCCGUGAGGAGCACAAGGAGGAGAUGUUGGCCUUGGAGAGACGUUGCGCUCUGCUGGCUAGUGAUGGAGAGGAGGCUCGCUCCACCUUGGAGAGUACCGAGAGGGUUCGCAAAGCCUUGGAGAUAGAGCUGCGAGAUUCCAAUGAAAAAUAUAGCGAUCUCAAUAACCAGUUCCAGCCGGUUCUGAGCGGCAGGAGGAAACUCGAGGUGGAUCUCCAAGCUCUACAACACGACCACGAGGAGCUCCAAGGAGAAAUGAGGGGACUCGUAGACAAGUCCAAGAAGGCCAGCUGUGAGUUGGCCCGAGUGGGGGAGGAGCUACGCCUGGAGCAGGAGCACACGCUCCAACUGGAGAAGGUGAAGAAAGGGCUGGAGGCUCAGGUGAAAGACCUGAGCACCAAGCUGGAGGAGGCAGAGCAGAUAGCGCUCAAAGGUGGCAAGAAGACGAUCCAAAAGUUGGAAGGAAAGGUGAAAGAGUUGGAACUGGAGCUGGAGUCCGAGCAGAAGCGACAUGCCGAGACGGUGAAGACGCUGCGGAAGAAUGAACGCCGGCUGAAGGAAAUUGUUUUCCAGUCUGAGGAGGACCAGAAGAACCAGCAGAGAAUGCAGGACUUGGUGGAAAGGCUGCAGAACAAGAUGAGGGCUUACAAGAGACAAGUGGAAGAGGCUGAGGAGCAAGCCAACAUGAACUUGGCCAAGUACAGAAAGACGGUCCAUGAGCUGGAUGAUGCUGAGGAACGAGCUGACAUAGCUGAGUCGGCGCUUACUAAGAUAAGGACCAAGAAGAGAGGCAGCUUCAGCAAGGGAUACUCCUCUGGUUACAGUACCCCGUAUCCCAGUCUGGUGCGCUCGGCCAGUUCCGUGGGCUCCGAGGGUCGAAGCGAGAAGAUCCUCAACGACGACGGCGAGUCGGUCAGCUCUCUAAUUCCGGCUUAUCUCAAUUCCCUCAAGAAGCUUAUGGUCGACUAGAAAGGUUUUCUACGACGUGACAGAAAUUACGUUCAGUAUGAAGUCGAGAGAGAAAAGUAAGACUGAAAUUGUAUUUUUAUUCCACUUUCACUUAAUGAACAAAGCCCAGUAUCUCUUAUUUGUCAUGAACACUUUUUUAAACUCACUUCAUAUUAUCCUGUACCUCUACUAUUGAUAGUGACAUUCAAUAGUGUUUUAAAACAAUAUAGUAGAGCGGCCUCUGUUUUAUUACAGGCCACAGCCAAAUUAAUUGCAGUGUGUUGUCCUUUUCACAUGAAUAAUUUCCACUUGAUAAAUGUCUGUUACUGUUGACUAUAUAAAUGUAAGUAGCGCUUGAAACGUCAGAUGUGGACCAUUUAUUAGCUACAAUGUUUUUGGCUAUUCCUGACAAAUUGGUUUUAAAAUGCGAAAAAGUGUAUUGAGGUGAAAUCAGAAUUGAAGAUGUCGGAUAAACAAAGUAGCCAACUAACAAGACAAUCAUUUCAUUCUAUAUUUGGUCUCAUUUUGAACACUCCAUAAACUAGCAGGUGGGUACAAAGUGACAUUUCUUGGUUAACUAAUUCAUUUGGAAUUGACAUUUAGAUUCAUUGAACCCUAAAAAUAUUGACUAAUAUUACUUUUAUUUUCAAGCACAUCUUAUUACUGCCCUUGACUGUAACAAAACUUGACCAAAGCAUUUUAUUGCUGAAUGUGAAAUGUCAUUUUUUGGAAAUAAAACGUGUUCUUUGAGUUGUUAA